AAAAUGGUCCCAUGUUACAUAUGCUAAUAAAUCCUUUGUUAGUGGUCACUAAUAUAAAUUUAAAUGGAGUGUGUGAGAGGAAAGAAAAGAGAUUCUGAAGUGAAAAGAGCGAGAGAGAGAGAAAGAGAGAGAAAGAGAGAGAUGGGUAGGAGUCCAUGUUGUGCAAAGGAAGGACUGAACAGAGGAGCAUGGACAGCUAUAGAAGACAAGAUACUCACAGAUUACAUUAAAAUCCAUGGUGAAGGAAAUUGGAGAAACCUACCCAAGAAAGCAGGUCUCAAGAGAUGUGGCAAGAGUUGCAGGUUAAGAUGGUUAAAUUAUCUGAGGCCUGGCAUUAAGAGAGGAAACAUAACACGUGAUGAAGAAGACCUCAUUAUCAGGCUUCACAAGCUCCUUGGAAACAGAUGGUCCCUGAUAGCUGGGCGGCUGCCAGGACGAACAGACAAUGAAAUAAAGAACUACUGGAACACCAUUAUUGGCAAGAGAUUGCAAAACCAGAAAUUUCCUUGUUCAAGUCAUAAUAAUUCGUUCAAGUUUAACCAACCUCAACACAGACCAAUCCAAAAAUCCAUAUCCAUGUCAAAUGCUAAUGCAAAAAAGGUUUUCUGGACCAAAGCUUCAAAGUGCAGCAAAGUGGUCAUACCCACUACUAUUGGGCCACAGAAUCUUGUCCAUGACAUUACGGUGGUGCCACCACCACCCUCAAUGGAAAAUGUCUCCGGCGAACACCACAGAUAUUCAGAGGAGGAAGAGAAUAAUAAUAACAAUAAUAAUAAUUCUUCGUCUGAUUUAAUGUUGGAUUUUGAGAUGGAUGAACAGCUUCUAUCUGAGUUGCUCAAUGCAGAUUUCUCUCUGCUAAACAAUUUUGAUAAUGGAGCUGCUAGUAACACCAACACUGUAUGUGAGCAUCCCCAGUUAUCUCCAGAUUCUCAAAAAACCCUCCUGGUUCUGGAUGAUGCGAUGCAGGAUGCUAGGUUUCCCUUCAUGGAUUCUUUGAUUGAGUCUGGUGAAUUCGAUUGGCUUGAAGAUUUAGGAAAUAAUGGAGCAGCAGAAGAAGAAGAGGUCUAAAGUUCCAAGGCAGCCACUAUUUAUGUAUCUCUGAGAUCUUGUUAAUCAAUAAGGUGGCGUUAGAUUGUACUCUCUGAACAAAAGUAAUGAAAUAACAUGCAAUUAAUGGUCUA